AUGGCGAAAUUAAGUAAUUUACCGUCAGGUGGCCUCGCUACUGAUAGCGUAACGGAGACUACUUCGCAUGGACCACUUUAUAUAUGUCAGCCUCUCGAGAGAUUGUCGAUAGAAAGCCUUGCUGAUAAAUUCAGUAAUAAGUUAAAAACUGCUCCGUCACCAACAGCUGUCGAUGAGGUCAUUGAGGAAUACACUGGUAAAACCAUAUGUGUUGGUGGAAACACACUGUUUGUACACACGGGACUUCCAGAUGCAUUAGAAACAAUAGCGUGGGACUUUGAAAAAGUGUACGUUGGCAAACCACUUCAUAUGCUGGGAUAUCUUCACAUGAUUGACUCUGAGUACUUUGUCUUGUUGGAUGACAAUGGUAAUGUUUACCAAGCUGAUGACGCUAUUCUGCACUGGGUGAGCAAGGAUGUAGUGAAGUAUUUCAGGUCUGGUCCUGAAAAUUUGGGUUUUUAUGAUUACUAUGACUAUUUAGACAGUAGUAGGAGUCUUCCAUGUGUUGGGGGAUCACACGAUGAUGAGCUGAAAUACCUAGAGGAAAACAAGAAUGAGCUGGAACAAAAAUCUGAACAACAAGGUGAAAUAAAAAGUUCCUUAUCAGAGAUUGAGUUCAAGGAGUACACAAAGAAAAGCAGUUACUAUGCAGAUCUUCUUUUUCCAUCGUGCAAUUAAUGAAAAUGCAUGUCUGGGCUGAAUCUUAAGUACAUGAUUACUGCCAGCACUGAUGUUUAUUCACUCAGAUCAAAAUUGUGUUUUAGUUGUGAGAAUCAAUGUGUUAAGACCAGAUAUUUUUAUUUUGCCCUCAAACUGUCACUACAUUAUAUUACCGGGUAUGUGUAUUAUCGUAACAUUUCAGUCUUUCCUGUUGCCAAAAUUCAAGCAUGUUUGUUUUUCUGUAGUCAUUGAUGCCUAUUCAAGAGUACAAUGUUUAUUGUGAAUAGCGUGAAUGAGUAAACUCUGUUUAUUAUUUUUCAAUGCUCAGUUUAUAUUUCGAAAAACUACUAAUUUCUUGAUUAAAAAAAGAUUAUGCCGUUUUAUCUCUAAAAUCAAUGCCCAAAGAUUGUACUACAACAUCGGUAAAUUGCUUCUGUGUUUUGUUCGCCAUUCAGUGACCCUCAUUACCAUAUUUAAAUAAGCUAUAGUUUAAUUUUAUUUGUAAUUCAUAACAAUCUAACAAAUUGAUUGUACAUUAUUGUAAUCACAACUGAGUAAUAAUUAACAAUGAAUUGCAACACCUUGAAAACAAUUAAGUUAUUCACUUGUGAAACACAGAAUGACUGGUUUGUGCUACCCGUAAUCUAAGCAAGGCUAGUGCAUUUGUGUUGCUUUAUUAGAAACUUGAUGUACAUGUAUAACUUUUGUUACCAACAAAAUUAAAACCAAUACAUAUUACAUUGAAA